GGAAGAGCAGUGGUACCGGUGUUUGUACUGUCAGCGGCGGGUGGUGUUGUUUAAGCAGACGGCAGCUACUGAGAAUGGAGCCGGCUAUUUACCUGGCCGUGCUGGCGGCUUUGCUGUUGUUCUGGAUCCGCAGCAAAGGUGUGGAGUAUAUUAUCAUCCAUCACCGCUGGGUCUUCGUCUGCCUUUUCCUGCUGCCCCUCUCCGUCGUUUUCGAUGUUUACUAUUAUCUCAGGGCUUGGCUGGUCUUCAAGAUGUGCAGUGCCCCCAAACAACACGACCAGCGGGUCAGGGACAUCCAGAGGCAGGUACGUGAGUGGAAAAAUGAAGGAAGUAAAACGUACAUGUGUACUGGCAGGCCAGGCUGGCUGACUGUAUCACUUCGGGUUGGCAAGUAUAAAAAAACUCACAAAAACAUCAUGAUCAACUUGAUGGACAUCCUGCAGGUGGACACCAAGCAGCAGGUUGUUCGUGUAGAACCGUUGGUAAACAUGGGUCAAGUGACGGCACUUCUGAAUUCAAUUGGCUGGACUCUUCCAGUGGUCCCAGAGUUGGAUGAUCUCACUGUGGGUGGCCUCAUCAUGGGAACUGGUAUUGAGUCUUCGUCCCAUAUCUAUGGACUAUUCCAAAACAUCUGUGUAGCUUAUGAGUUGGUCCUAGCUGAUGGCAGCCUGGUUAGAUGUACAGAGAAAGAGAAUCCAGACUUAUUUUAUGCUGUGCCUUGGUCAUGUGGUACUCUGGGAUUUCUUGUUGCUGCAGAGAUCAAGAUCAUCCCUGCCAAGAAGUAUGUGCGCCUACAGUACCAGCCAGUGCAGGGAUUGACGAAGAUCUGUGAAACAUUCAAUAGGGAAUCCCAAAAUAAAGAAAAUCAUUUUGUGGAGGGCCUUGUGUAUUCACUGGAUGAGGCUGUGAUAAUGACUGGAGUCUUGACUGAUGUGGCUGAACCAGAUAAGGUAAAUAGAAUUGGCUAUUAUUACAAACCAUGGUUCUUUAAGCAUGUGGAAAAGUACCUGCAAGGGAGCCACAGUGCAGUGGAAUAUAUCCCUUUGAGGCACUACUAUCACCGCCACACUCGCAGUAUCUUCUGGGAACUUCAGGAUAUCAUUCCAUUUGGCAAUAACCCACUCUUCCGAUUUAUCUUCGGUUGGAUGGUCCCUCCCAAGAUUUCAUUGCUAAAGCUAACGCAAGGAGAAACAAUUCGUAAGCUAUAUGAGCAGCACCAUGUGGUCCAAGACAUGUUGGUCCCAAUGAAGAGCCUGGAGAAGUUGAUUGUCUUCCUGCACAGUGAGAUCAAAGUUUACCCUCUUUGGCUGUGCCCCUUUACCCUACCGAGCCUGCCAGGUAUGGUUCAUCCGAAGGGUGAUGAGGCUGAACUCUAUGCAGAUGUUGGGGCUUAUGGAGAACCCAGAGCCAAGCAGUUUGAAGCUAAGGCAUCAACACGACAGCUGGAGCAAUUUUUACGCAAUUCGCACAGUUUUCAGAUGUUGUACGCUGAUUGCUAUCUGACCCGAGAAGAAUUCUGGGAGAUGUUUGAUGGGUCUCUGUACCACAAGUUGCGAGAGCAGCUGAACUCCAAAGAUGCAUUCCCUGAGGUUUAUGAUAAGAUCUGCAAGGCAGCGAGACACUGAGCAUCUCAGGGAAGAAGCUGGGUGUAGCUUUCAUUAGCCGAUUUCUGUUUUCACCCAUAGGUUGCAGUUCAUAUCACAAAUACUUAAAGUUGGCUUCAGGAUGUUUUUCUAACCCAAAGAAUUUUGCUAUUUUUAUCAUGAAUACUUUUUUUGUGUGUAUCUUUUUCUUCUCUCCCCUCUUCACCAUUUUCCUAUCUCUUUUAAAGCAGUGAAUCAUGUUGACGUUUAGUUCUGUGAUGAUCCUAUGGCACACCACUAAAAUAGCAGGGCGAAUAAAUCUUGAUAAGCUGUUUAAUGUGAAAAGCAUCACAUCCUUCACUGUUGGCCACUAAUAGUUAAAUCAGAUAAUGAACUUCUUAGCCUAAUAAUGGCAAGGUCAAAUGUAGAAUUCUUAGCUGUAUUACAGACGGCUAGUAAAACAGUAAUGAAUGCAGUCAUAGAUUUUAAUUUUAUGGUCCAGCAUAUGUUAUUCUUACCAACUGAGCCAUAAGGGGAACAGCUAAAUCUCUCGUAAUUUAACAUAUUUCUUGUAAUUGUGCCUGUUUUGUUCAUCUGUGUAAUAAAUUUGUUUUUCAUUG